AUAAAUUAUUCAAAAAUAUUACUGAAAAGAUACUAAAAAUGUCAGCUAAACAAGCCAAUAAGAAAAGUAAAUGGUCUAUGGACUUUAAUACCAACAAAUCAAAUGAUUUACCCGCACCUCCCGGUUAUAAUGCUAAUGCUUUGGUCAAUCAAACAGAAAUUGUUAGAGAUCAAAGAUUGGUUAUAAAGAAAUCAUGGGACUUAGCUUUGGGUCCCCUAAAACAGAUACCCAUGAAUUUAUUUAUUAUGUACAUGUCCGGCAAUACCAUAUCUAUAUUUCCCAUUAUGAUGAUUGGCAUGAUGUUGAUACGACCCAUUAAAGCCAUGUUCUCCACACAAGUCACCUCUAAAAUGGCCGAAGGUGCUCAGGGUACCGGCCAGAGGCUGGUAUAUUUCUUAGGCAAUUUAGCUAAUGUGGCAGUGGCUCUUUAUAAGUGUAAUAGUAUGGGUCUGUUACCCACACAUGCCUCCGAUUGGCUGGCAUUUGUGGAGCCACAAACGCGUUUAGAAUACUAUGGUGGUGGUGUGUCAUUUAUUUGAAUAUUAUAAAUUAAUUAUUUAGCAUUUAAAUUUCUAAAAGAUCAAAGGACCUAUGUAUUGUUUAAUAAAGUAUAAAAAAUUAAAAAAAAAAAUCUGUUCAUUUUAAAGAGUUAAGUAGCAAAAUCAACUGGAUUUUAUUACA